AUGGCCGCAUACCGGUUCUACAUGCAGCAAAUAGCCGGAUUCUUUGAAGGAUGCGAGUUUCACCAUGUGCCGCGGGCGGAAAAUGAAGUAGCUGACACCUUGUCCAAGCUAGGCUCAUCCAGGCAGGAAAUUGCUUCCGGAAUAGCCUCGGCUCACCUCGGAAAGCUGUCGAUCAAACCAAGCCCAGAAUUGGAGUCAAUUUACGUUCCAGAGUUGCACGUUGUUCCAAUGGAAAUUGAUGAAGGGAACUCGGGGACUACAUCGUCUAACCCGGGGACUGCAGAGUCAAAACCGGAAGAAACUAUCUCGGUGGAUGGUAUGGAGAUUGACGCGCCAGUCUUUGUCAUCCGAGAAGCACCAUCAUGGGGAAAACCGAUCAUGGAAUUCCUGGUUAACGGUGGUUUACCAACAGAAUAA